AAUGUGUACGAGUCCUGAAACCAGGUGGUUGGUUUGAAUUAAGUGAUUGUGAUGCACACCUAUACACAAAAGGUCAAUUAGGGACAAUAUUAAAUACAUAUUUUGCUCAACAGCUAAAAAAGAGAAAUUUUAGUGCCUUUGUAGGAAAUCACCUAGAAUUCUUUUUACAAAAUACCGGAAAGGUUCAAAAAGUUCAGAAAAAAGAACAGGAAUUAACUGUUCCUAAUCUCAAUGUAUUCGGAAAUGGAAUGGGUGAUAUCGCAUGUAAAAUGUUUGCGCAGGUAGGAAUCAAUAGUGGAAUUGAGUUGGGUGUACUAAAAGAAUCAGAUGCGGAGAAAAUCACGGUGGAUUUUAUGCGAGAGGCACACGAAAGGCGAGCCUAUUUUAAAUUUUUUAGAGUGAUUGCCGAAAAAGUUUAA